UAAACCGAAUAAUCUAAGAAUAUAUGAAUUCCCUAGAGAGGUAUUGGAAGAUUUCUGAAAAGUAGCGGAAUUGAUACUUGUAAAAAUACUGCCAAUACUGGCGUCAACAACCUAUCUUGAUGCAUGAAAAAACAACAUCUGACUGGCAGUUCCAAUGGCCAAUCGCAUUGUCUAUGGUCGGGGCUCUUUAAAGUGUCUACUAAUAGGCAUUGAGGCAAAGAUGCUGCGAGUGUUAGAACGAGGUUAGGUUGUCAUGUGGUAACCAACAGAAGGUUACGAGUAAAAAAAAAAAAAAAAAAGAUUAUUUGAUAAUCUGACUGGUUUUGCGUAAAGGGAAGAGAUAUGGAAUGAGUCAGAUACCACAGAUGCGAGUCUUGUGUUGUUUUUGGAGCCAUUAUUUGGACGUUUUUAAUAUUCGUUGUGAUCGGCGAGACACCUCGCUUCACGCGGUCGUUCAACUCGCGAUGCUGGACAGAGAGCUGCAUCAUCAUGUUGCUUCCGAGUUAGCGAAAGAAAUCACAAGUUACACCAGGGGGAUAGUGAGUCGUAGUCAUUUAGCUACAGAGGCUACCUGACAAUUGCAAUUGUAAGCAGAAAAGGAGGGAUGUAUUGGCUACAUCUGUUGAUUUGGCUUGUUGGCACUUCAGCGAUACAUUGUCGCGCCCGAUGAUGUGAACUAAAGAAGAUAAGUAACUGGUUACAUUGUAGCCUAUCACUAGUGUUUAUGCCUGGGAUUGGCGCGAUAUUCCUCAUUUGUUGGGUGGGUGCGAUUGUAAUUAGCCAAAAUUUUGAUUAUGGGCACAGAGUGGUUGAAUUUGGGAUAAAGAAAAACCAAAGGGCAUUAUUUUUCAAACAGAACUUUGCCACUGAAACAGGCUAAUCUAUCCAGACCUAGCCUACGUCGUAAUCAUCUGGAUAUAGGCUAUUAUUCUUACAGUUCAUAUGUACUGUUAUUGGCGCCAUCAUCAUCAAGUGACCUCUUGGACUUGUCAAGGGAGUGCACAUGUUUAGUGUCUGUUGGAUUACAACAUUUGUGUAGGAUAGCCUAUCGACUCAGACACUGGACUCUGCUCGGAUUAUAAUCAUGACCCUGGAAUGUAUGGAUAAUCGCCAAAGAGAUGCUGACUUCAUGGAACUAUGCUGGUGACAUUUCUCCUAUUCUAACAAAUAGUUGACAUAGUAUUGUGCUGCUGACUGUUAUUGAAUCGGAUACGUAUUGAUUUUAGUGGGAAAUUGUGCCACUGUCUCAGUACUUGAUAUGUUUUAACCACACAAUGGAAUACAACAUAAAUAGCCUAUCCAAAUAGGUUGCCAAUAGGUUAAUUUCAAAGUUGCACAGGUCUGUUGCAUCCUAUGUGUUCCUGAACCGUCGGUAAUCAUUGGUCACAAUCCACUUAUCCUGUCACCGCAUCCUCGUGGAGUUCAUGUAGUGAUACUUGACAACUUUGGGUCGAGGAAACUUCCAGCCGUGAUGCACAGAAGGCUCCCUCCAUUGUAAUCUCCAGACUGUUGCAAAAAGGUGACGCAGCUUUUGUUUUUGCUGUUGGACAGCGGAGAGAAAGAGGGAUUGACUCAAUAAGGAAAAAGUAGGCUACAGCAGAUAAAAACGCCAGGCUAAAAUGGCCGGCGACUGCAACUAUAAGAUGCAUUAUGUGAAUGAUGACACAUUUUCUCCAUCCAAACCUUUACGGGACCAAGUGCGGGUGCUCGCGGUGGAGCCCGACGCCCCCAGCGUUCUGCAGGGGAGUGGGUCCGUGUAUUGCUCGCCAAACUUCGAGAUGAUUGAUGGGCUGCUGUACCGUAAGAAGUUGGAGAGAGGUUUCAUCCACUACCGGGAGGUGCUAGACGAGGACCGACGGCUCGGGGCGAUCGCCACUUUCCACGGGCGGCGGCCAGGCACGUGCCACCACUCCCUGGAGGACACGUACAGAUCAGUGGCCGAGAACUACUGGUGGGAGGGGAUGUACUUCCAGAUCCGAGACUUUGUCCGGGGAUGUCCAGCGUGCCUGGAGCAGAGGAACAAGAGACCCGAGAAGCGUGUGGGCGAGAGGCGUCUCUCUCAGACGAUGAUGUCACACAGCCGUGACAUGCUGAAUAAACUGAGGAGCCAGCGGGAGGCGGGGCUGUUCUGUGACAUCACUCUGAGGACUGACGGACGCUCUUACUCCGCCCACAAGGCGGUGCUGGCAGCGGUGAGCGAGUACUUUCAGGAAGUGUUCACUGAGAUGGACUCCGCCCCUAGAGCCAGGUCUGACAUCGACCUCACAGGUUACAGUGAAUCUAGCCUGAUGUCUCUGCUGGACUUCUCCUACUCCUCUACUCUGUGUGUGUCUGAGGAGGACCUUCCAGAGGUCAGCACUAUGGCCCGUCACCUGGGCAUGUGGCCUGCCGUGGAGGCCUGCUCUGCCCUCCAGAGGGAGCAGGGGGACCAUGCCGCCCAAUACCCCACCACAGAGCACCCUGCCCUGGGCUUCUCAUCGCAGAUCCCUGGGUCUCCCCUGGAGCUCCACCACCACCAGAGGGACAGGAAGAGGAAUAGGGGGUUGGCUGGAGAGGGCAGGGAGAGGUUGGCUGGGGGGAGAGGGGUAAGGGGGGUGGUUGAUGGUUUCAGACUGAUUCUGGAUCAGUCAGAUGAAUCGAGGGAGGAGAGCCCGACCAGACGGUCACCCCGUCGCCCCCCCGGACCAAGUCCCCUCCCCCCAGGGAAGAACGGCAUCCCCCUCAGCCCCACCCGCAGGAUGAAGCUCAUGGACUUCAAAUCUCCCUCCUGUAAAAUAACUCCUUCCCCCCAAAAAAACGUAUCCUCCACCCCCCGAACCCGAAACACCCAAUCCUCCUCUUCCUCCUCCUCGCCCCACACACACACGCGUCUUCUCCGCUCUACUCCCGGGGCCGCCCAGGAGGUCCAGAGACUGCUGCCCAGGACAGAGAGCCAUCGGGGCCGAAAACCACACCCUGUCCCCCAUCCUGCCUCCACCUCCAGCUCCUCCAGACAGAGGGCUGGCUCUGAGUCCCCCAUAGUGAGGGUGAAGCAGGAGGAAAAGGAGGGGGACGAGGAUGAGAAAGAUAAUUUCCGAGCGCUGGAGAAGUACCGCCUGAUGAACGUGCUCGGGUUACAGAGGACGUCCCUCCUCCCCAGACCAGAGGAUCUGAUUGGCUGGAGGCAGAAGAAACGCUUGCGGAAGUUGAAGGUCAAUAACUAUUCGCUGACCAAGAGGAGGAAACCUCGCCCCCAGACGUCAGGGGGGCUUGCGUUCGGGGAGCUGCCCCUGUCACUCCCCCUCUGUACCCCUGCCAAAGCCCACUUCCUGAACAGGAUCAUAAAGACGGAGCCUGAGUAUCCAACCAGCAUGGAGGACAUGAGACUGAAGAGACCCAGGCAGCCCCGGCGGUUUCCGCCCAGUGACAGGAGCAUGCGCAGUAAAGUAGCGUUACCGGACCUGCUACAGCCCGUGUCCAGGCUGGCCUAUGGAGGGAGGGAUCUCAGGCGCGCUGUCAGGGGUGUUGAGGUCAGCCACCCCCCUCCACGCCUCCCAUCCCGUUCUGGGAACACCAGAGUUCCAAAUCCCAAGAGGAACGUCUCUACAGUCCGGAUCAAACCCGAACCUGCUGACUACGCCAUCUCAGCACUGCCCCUCCCCUCAAAUGGCCGACGCCCAAACACACACAUCCCCCCUCCCAGGGCCCACCCCAGGCACAAGGUUACCACAGAAACUGUCAGGGCGCUCCGCUACAACAGCGGGCGUCCGAUGGCCAAGGAUAAGCUGAAGCGGAGUGGCAUGAAAGAGGCUGGGAGAGCCCAGCGUAAGCCAAGAGAGGAGAGCAGGAGGACAGGGAGCAGCCAGGGAGUGAGGGGGAUCAUGGAGAGAGGGCCUGGAGCUAUGAGCAGCAGGAAGACGAGCAGCAUCCUCAGCCUUGACCCUGUUCCUCCUCCCCUCCACAGCCAUCCUCUGUACAGGGUCAUCAAGGAGGAACCAGCAGACCCCCUACCCGUGGCGGGGUCCUUCUCCGAGCCACCCUCCCCAGAGCUGGGCAAAAGGCAGGUUAAGCCCCCAGUCAAGCUCCUAGACCCAGGCUUUCUCUUCAGCUUCUGUCGGCCGGCAGGAGGGCCCAUGUUGGGGGUGAAGAGGGAGGAGGAGAGUGUGGAUAUCUGCCUAACACGGUCUGUCUCAAGGGGAGAGAGGUUUGGUCCCGGGGGGGCCCCAGCCAGGGUCCUGAGGGCCAGAGUAGGCCCCCCCACUCUUAACAGGGCUAAGAAGGAGAGGGAAGAGAGCAGUGUAAGCCAAAGUCCAACCCAGAGGCAGGGGCCACCAAGAGCUGUCAACUCUCACCAACACAAAUCCCCCCACCUGGAUAGAGCCACAGGGUCAAAGGGUGUUCGCCCUGCACGGGACAUACCAAAGAAGCCAGCUAAGCCCCUGCCUAGCCGAGGCCCCGCCCUGUUGGACUCGAUCCGCCGGGCGCGGCUAAAGCAGCUGCGGGGUCCUCUCAGUCAGGCCCCCAAGGCCAAGUCGUCCCACAUCUGCCUGCAGUGCCGAGCAUCCUACAAGGACUGUAACGCCCUCAUCAUGCACCGCAUCAGGCACAUCGAGGGCAAGCACUGGCCCUGUCCUCUGUGCAGUAAGACAUUCUUCAGGAUGAGGAAUGUGAAGAACCACAUUCGGACCCACGACCAGAGGCUGUAUAAGUGUCGCGGCUGUAUGGCUGUAUCCUGAGACCUGACUGGGGAAGGAGGGUUAAAGCUGUCUACAUUGACUGACGUGAUGAGGAGAAGCACAUUGUUGAACUGCAAGCUUGUACAUACAAAGCAUCAGUCCACAUCCAAACACAAGGCUCCCAGGAGAGAUGUAAUUACUAUGACGAUGAUGUUCAUGAUUAUUGUAGUAAUUCUUGAUUGUUUAAUGUUAUUUAAAAAACCAAACGUAAGUUCUUCUUUGCAUUUUAGGUAGUUACAGGGGUUUAAACUUGAACGUUACACUCAGGGGGUGGGGAAUCUGUGAGGUCACUGUAUUUAAAUGGUCGACGACGUCACAGUAUGUAAACUAGAAUUGUGUAGAAUGGAAAUUACGGAAAAUUAUGAUGAUGAUAAUUAUUACUACUAUUGCUAUCAAUAUUUUUCUAUGUAUAGACUGAAUCUUUGAGUGCACCUAUACCAUAGCUUUGUUGUAAACCUAAAAUACAUUGAUGUAACGGAGGGGUAGCCGGAGAGCAGUCCCAGGUGAAAAUACUUGAAGGUUCACAGGGGUUGAUUUGGAGAUGGAGUUUGGAGAGUGUCUCUUAAAGUCUGUAGAUGAGGGGAAAAGUUGAGUGUCCUUCUACUCUCUUCUUUGGUGUUCAGAGAUGGUAUGAGUUGGCUAGUAUCGCUUUAUGUAUCGGUUCUCUAGUCUCACCUUUGUCCAGGGUCAGGGUUUGGGAAAGGGGGUUGGGAGGGGGGAAUAGGCCCAAUCACAAAAGGACCUCUAAACACUUGAUUGAUUGAAGCAAUAUGGAGAAACUUCCCGAUAGCAGAUCAAAGGGAAAGGUAGAUGUAUUAUCAUAUUGCUUAUACAUGUCAUAUCCUCUCAGAUCUCCACAAGUACAUAGGGUCUAGGGGUCCAUUUGGGAUUGGGCCCAUGAGUUUGCUCGUUUGGGGUAAGGGGGUUCUAUGACAUCCCUGCAUGUUUGAUUGCAGGUCUGUUUCCUCCCCUUGUCUUUUCUAAUGUUACUAUAUAUCUAUGAAAGGGAAAACUGUCAGGUCUAAAUGUGAAUCUCUGAAACGUGUAAUCAACAUUACUUUCUCAAUACUGAAGUUUUCAUCUGGAUUAUAUACCGUUUUAUUUUGGCUCGGUAGUCCAGAAUGUUUUAUUUGAAAUUAUACAAUGACUAUGAGGUACAAAAAGUGCAGACUGUCAGCUUCAAUUUGAGGCUAUUUUCAUCCA